AUGGCUAAUGAUGAUCAGAAAUCCAUCCUCUCCCAAACCCCUCAUGCUUCUGAAUCCGAAUCCUCAGAGCACCAUAGCCCCGGAAGCUUCGCUACGCCACCCGGUAGCGAUUCAACAAACUCAGCCACUAAAAGUGAUGCAAACCAAAAAGAAAACAAAAUAUCUACCUCUGAGGUUGAGAGAUACAUUCUCGCACCCCGUGCCAUCAUUGCUAGUGAUGGCAAUACCCUAUCAGGAUCAAAAAGGCCACGUGGCAGGCCACGUGGCUCCAAGAACAAGCCAAAGCCACCGAUCAUCAUAAGGCAAGUAAAUGACCAUGGCAUGCGGCCGGUCUUCAUCGAGAUUGCCGAAGGAGUCGAUAUUGUGGAAGGUUUAAUCGACUUUGCUGUGCACCGUCGUAUCGGAAUCUCAAUCCUAAGCGGUUGUGGGUCCAUCUCUGAGGCCGUAAUUCACAACGUACUAUCCAGUUCUCUUGACAUACCCAUUCAUGGACCAUUUAAUUUGAUGUCCCUUUCUGGAACAUAUUUUGAUGGCCAUGUCGCACAUCCUCCAUGCACUGCUUUCUCGAUUCUUCUUGCAGGAUCACAUGGCCAAGUUUUUGGCGGGAUCGUUGGAGGAAAGGUUUUAUCAGGUGGAACUGUGAAAAUCAUGGCUACCUCAUUCGAGAGGCCAGAGAUUCACAAAUUGAACCUCAAUGCAAAAGGAGUAGUGCAUCAUAAUAAUGAUACUGAAAAAAUGAAAAACAACAAUAAUAGCAAUAAUCUUGUUAGGAUAUUUGCCUAUAAGGAGGAUCCUAAUAUGGUUACUCGAUGUAGUGUGGCUAAUCCAAUUCUUCCUCUUAAAGUUGCCAACCAUUGUGGUCGCGCUGGUGUUGGUGUUGGUGUUGGUAGUGCUGGUGUGAAGAAUGAAAAUAUGGUGAUAGAAGAUAAUCAUCAAGCAUAA